AUGGGCGAUCCAGGAGGGCGAAGGACGAGUGUUAGCAAGGAGGUCCACCAUGACUUCCAGGCACAUCGUUCCCAGUAUCACCGAAACCGCGCGGCAAGUGUAAAGCUUCCCGACCGCAUUGAUAUCGGCACCAGCAUCAGUGAAUUCUGGGCCGGUCUCGCAAUCGAAAGAGAGAGUGAUCGAUGUCUCAAGAUCGGGAUUGCCAUCCAUGACGGCACCUACGGCAUAGACUUCUCUGUACAGCGGGUGUCGCUAGAAGAAGAGGAUGAGCAUAUCAAGAAUGGGAAUAGCGAUUGGGUUGCAGACCAUGUCAUCGCCGAGCUAGACCGCUAUAGACAAGAACACGUGUGCAAGAUUCUGGGUGCCGGAGUUAUCGCGGAACUCGACGGAGAGAGCCCGGCGCUCUGCUCCAGGCUGUGGUCAGAACUGGAUGUUGUCCCUAUGGUGGUGACGGCGAACCCGGUGCUACGGUCGGACAAGGGAAAAGACUUACCGCAGAGAGUGGAUGAGAUCGCCGACUCAGCUGCUCGAAAAUGUCUGGCACUCUACGCUCCGACGAAACAACCCCGGCUGUCAAUCAGCUUCCAGAAUGAGGUCCAAGUUGACCUAGGCGGUCUGAUACAUCUCGCUACCUUGGAAGAUUACGAGAAAUCCGUCAGAGCUCCUACGUGGAGAGCCGCACAGAAGUACAUCAAGGAUGUGGUCGAUCGCAAGCUCCGAGUUGUCUUCUUCAGUGCCACACCACAAGGUGGCGGAGUGGCCCUGAUGCGUCAUGCACUCAUUCGAUUCUUGAGACUGCAGGGCGUGAACGUCGAGUGGUGCGUGUUUGUGCCCAAGCCAAGACCCGAUGUCUUUCGGAUCACCAAAACAAACCACAACAUCCUACAAGGUGUGGUCCCUCCCGAUGUCCGUGCGACGGACGAACAGCUCGGAAAAAUCAAGGAGUGGAUCGUUGAUAAUGCGGAACGAUAUUGGGUGAGAGACUCGGGUCCACUCAGUGCGCCCCAGGACGGCGGUGCAGAUGUUAUCAUAAUCGACGAUCCCCAGAUGCCAGAACUCAUCCCGAUCGCCAAAAGAAUUGCACCGGACCGGCCCAUAAUUUUCCGAAGCCACAUUGAAGUCAGAGACGACCUGGUAUUGAACGAUGGCAGCGCGGCCCAGCACGUAUGGCGGAAUAUGUGGUCGAGUAUCCAGCAUGCAGACGUCUUCCUCAGCCACCCGGUCAAGUCCUUUGUUCCGCCUGAUGUACGCAAGGAAUCCCUGGGCUGGCUCCCAGCAACUACAGACUGGCUUGAUGGUCUCAACAAAGACAUGGCCGAAUGGGAUCUGCGGUACUAUUUACAUGUCCUCCGUCAGGUCUGCCAAAGCCAGAAUCUACCUCAGCUCGCCUACCCCGAUCGAGGAUACUUCACCCAAGUAGCACGAUUUGAUCCAUCCAAAGGCAUUCCGGAUGUUAUCAGGAGUUAUGCCAGAUUCCGAGAAAUGGUGAAAGACAGACCCCAAGAACAAGUACAGCAGUUGGUGAUUUGUGGACACGGUUCUAUCGACGAUCCUGAUGCCACCCUAAUCUAUGACCAGACGAUGGGCCUGAUCCUGGAGAAAUACCCCGACCUGGUCAAUGAUAUUGUGGUGGUCAGACUUGGACCGAGUGAUCAGAUCUUGAACGCCAUCAUGUCUUUAUGCACUGUGGCGUUUCAACUGUCAACUAGAGAGGGGUUCGAGGUCAAGGUCUCGGAGGCGUUGCAUAAGGGUAAACCAAUCAUUGCCACCCUUGCUGGGGGUAUUCCACUUCAAGUUGAAGAUGGAAAGAGCGGUUACCUCGUCUCUAGAGGAGAUCACGAAUCUGUUGCCAAGCACCUAUACAACCUUGUCACAGAUAAGGACCUCUACAUUCGGAUGAGCGAGUACGCCAGAACGCAUGUCAGCGAUGAAGUGCACACGGUUGGCAAUGCCCUCAGCUGGAUGUACAUGGCGUCGAAGGUCGCUGGUGGACAAUCCCUGAAACCCAAUGAGCGGUGGAUUAAUGACAUGGCGAGGGAGGAGGCUGGUGAGCCGUAUAAAGACGGAGAGCCGCACCUACCACGCCACCUUUCGACAUGA